AUGACCUCUGAAACCAUCACUCGAAACAUUACCACUCAGUCCUGGUUUGACCAGGCUCGUUUCAUCCCACCCGAUGCAAUUUUUGCGUUGACUGCUCAGUACCUUGCAGACACAUCUCCCAAGAAAGUCAACUUGGGCCAGGGUACGUACCGCGACGAGCAUGGGAACCCGUGGGUUCUUCCCUCGGUCAGGGAGAGUCGGAAGUUGCUAUCACAGGAGCUGAAUCACGAAUACCUCCCUAUUGUCGGCCUGGCAGAUUUCCGCAAAGAGGCUGCAAAGUUAGCACUGGGCCCAGAGCUGUUUCAAAAGCAACAGGACAAACUGGCGACUUGCCAAAGCCUCUCCGGCACUGGAGCACUACACUUGGCUGGGCUGUUGCUAAGAGCUUGCAAGACACCUCUUCCAAAAGUAUACAUCCCUGAGCCGACUUGGUCGAACCACCAUCAGGUGUUUUCGUCCCUUGGAUUCCAAUGUGAAUCCUUCAGAUACUACAACCCAGAGACAAAAGAUUUGGACAUCGAUUCUUAUUAUUCUGCACUGAAACUGGCCGAGCCCAAUUCUGUGUUCAUCAUCCAUGCAUGUGCUCAUAACCCAACAGGGUGUGAUCCGAGCGAGGAGCAAUGGCGAGAGCUUGCGCGCCUCUUUAAAGAGAGGCAGUUGUUCCCACUUUUUGACGCUGCUUAUCUAGGGUUUAACUCCGGAAAUGUUGAUAGUGAUGCCUUUGCUAUUCGACUAUUUGUCGAAGAGAUGGAUUUGGAAGCUGGCAUGUGUCUGUCUUUUGCGAAAAACAUGGGUCUCUAUGGUAUCGACCCGUGCCACGGGGAACGGGUCGGCUGCUUUUUAUUGGCAACGAGUACCGAACAAGCGGCCGUAAAGACACAAUCAAUGCUUGAAAUGCUUCAGCGUUCUGAAGUUUCGAACCCUCCAGCGUAUGGUGCGAAAAUUGCGAGCACCAUAUUAGCCGAUGCUACCCUUAGGGAGGCCUGGCAUGAUGAUCUGAUUACCAUGAGCAGCCGCAUUCGCUCUAUGAGGUCGGAAUUGUAUGAUAGUCUGGUGUCUUCCGGCGCACCUGGCUCUUGGGAGCACCUGAUCCGCCAGUCCGGAAUGUUUGGAUUUCUGGGACUGUCCCCAAGCGUUGUGCGAAGACUUCGCGAGGAAUACCACAUCUACAUGGCAGACAACUCUCGCAUAUCAAUUGCUGGCCUCAAUAAACAAAACGUGGAUUACGUUGGAAAGUCAAUUACUGACUGCUUGAAGGAAGAAUCAUAG